AACUCCACCUACCACUCGUGCACGGGAUUCUCCUUCCACCGAAUGAACGUCACGUCACGCCACGCCACGCAGGAGGCAGCGCGAGCGCAGGACGGCGCCUUCACGCUCCGCUUCUCCCGCGCUGUUCUUUUUUUUUUUCUUCUCCGGCUCUUAUUAAAGAGUCAUGAAUAACGAUUAUUCCGGGGGCAGGAGCUCAGCGACGGCAUGCACACGCACACACACAUACACACACACGCUCACUCACACUCACACACACACUCCCGAGCCCAAAAACACCGGAUGAGGAAGAAGGAUAAGUAAGGCUCGUGGAGCUCGAGGCGCGGUACCGAGUCGGAGAGUCGGACAGCGCGCUGAAAACACAAACGGAUCUCCUCGCGCGCUUUUCUAUCAGCGUAUCCGAUCUUCCCCCGAAGUCGGGUCGGUGUGUGUGCACGUGUGUGUGUAUAUGUGUGUAUGUGGUGUGUGUAUGUGUGUGUGUGGGAAUAGAUUGUAAACUCCAGAUGUUAGUGCACACUUACUCAGCCACGGACCGCCAUGACGGCGUACCGGGCCACAGCUCGAGACUCUCCCAGCUCGGCUCGGUGUCUCAGGCUCCGUACUCCAGCGCGCCGCCGCUCUCGCACGCGCCCUCCUCGGACUUCCAGCCGCCGUACUUCCCGCCGCCGUACCAACCGCUGCCGUACCCGCAGAGCCAGGACCCGUACUCGCACGUGAACGACCCGUACGCGCUGAACGCGCUGCACCAGCAGCACCAGCAGCACCCGUGGGGCUCGCGCCAGCGGCAGGACGUCGGCGGUGAGAGCGCGUCCCUUCUGCCGCAGCCGAGGGCGUCUCUUCCGCCGCAGCUCUCCGGGCUCGACCCGCGCACCCGGGAUUACUCCUCUUCCGUGCGCCGACCGGACGUGCUGCUGCACUCUGCGCCGCACGGGCUCGAGCCCGGGAUGGGGGAUAGUCUGUCUCUGCACGGUCUCGCGCACGGCAUGGACGACACGCACGCUGUAGAAGACGCCAAUCACAGUGGUAUGAACAUCCUGGAUCAAUCCGUUAUUAAAAAAGUCCCGAUGCCGCACAAGAGCGUCACGUCUCUGAUGAUGAGUAAAGACGGGCUGAUCGGCGGCGUCACCGUCAACGUGAACGAGGUGUUCUGCUCGGUACCGGGCCGCCUGUCUCUGCUCAGCUCCACCUCCAAGUACAAGGUGACGGUGGGAGAAGUGCAGCGGAGACUCUCACCGCCCGAGUGCCUCAACGCCUCCCUGCUCGGCGGGGUACUGCGCAGAGCGAAAUCGAAAAACGGCGGCCGCUCUCUGAGAGAGAAGCUGGAAAAAAUCGGGCUGAAUUUGCCAGCAGGAAGACGCAAAGCUGCCAACGUCACUUUGCUGACGUCACUGGUGGAAGGGGAAGCUGUUCAUUUAGCACGAGACUUUGGCUACAUCUGUGAAACAGAGUUCCCCACCAAGGCCGUGUCCGAGUACCUCAACCGCCAGCACACGGACCCCAACGAGAUCCACGCGCGGAAAAACAUGCUGCUCGCAACAAAGCAGUUGUGUAAGGAGUUCACAGACCUCUUGGCGCAGGACCGCACUCCGCUCGGGAACUCUCGUCCGACGCCCAUCCUGGAGCCGGGCAUCCAGAGCUGUCUGUCUCACUUCAGCUUCAUCACGCACGGCUUCGGCUCGCCGGCCAUCUGCGCCGCGCUCACCGCGCUGCAGAACUACCUGACCGAGGCGCUCAAGGGCCUCGACAAGAUGUUCAUCAACAACCAGACCUCCAACCGGCACACUCCGGCCGACGGCUCGAAAGGAGGAGAGAAAGACGAGAAACACAGGAAAUGAGGCACAAUGUCGGGAAAGGAGGAGAAGAAGAGGCUCUAAGAGCACCGCUUAUCAGAUGUGUCCAGAGAUUCUUUGUACUCGAGAUUUAUGAUGUUCUGUUUUACGUUCUUGUGAGGGGGAGGAGGGGGGAGGGGAGGGUCAGGGGACGGCACGUCGACUAGGAGGAAAAGAAAGAAGGUGAAGAAGUGGAGGAAAGCUGUAAGGAACUUGACACCGCUGAGGCACUUGUGCGACGCUGUCAUUAUUCAUACGAGCCUGGCGACAUUUUAUCAUAAAGACAUUAACGAUGAACACCACACACACACACACACACACACACACACACACACACAGCGUGCUAUCUCAUUGAGAUAAUGCCCAUCGCUCUGCUGUCCAGCCUUUAACCAGAGACUCUCGAGAAACAGGAAAAGAAAUGAACACUCAGUGAAAUUAACACCAGAACCCCGUCUAACUACCCAGACUGUGUAAUAGCUCUCGAUGUUGCUGUAUGAAGGCAUGACUUGAGUGUUUAUUUUGACCUACUCCAGAGUGUUUAAAACAACUGUAAUUAAAUCUUCUUAGCUCUAAAUACGAGGAAACGGCACCACUUUCCGAUUCAGCUCAGAAAUCCUGAGCGUUACGUGGGUGUUUAUUUGAACCACUGGAUAUUCAUUAUAUCUAUAAUCUGGGUCGAGCUCGGGACUCUGAAACCCUCGCUAACUCGAACAUCAUCUCACACAGGACUUCAUUGCUAAUCUAAUCUAAACAACCAGCAGCGUCAUGCAUGGCUAGGGGAUCGCCGUCGCGUUUUACAUAGCCUGCACGCUCAUCGGCCUUCGAGUAAAAGCAGAAUCCUCUAUGCAAUGAAGGAAAGAGAUUUAAGCGGAGUGGUUAAGAGUUAAAAGGUUUCCGCUCCAGAAACAGCGGCGGCUUUCUUGGGAUUUGAGCAUCACGACUUACUGCCUUUUCGGGGGAGGGGGUUUUUGUUUUGUUUCGUUUUUUUUAAACAAAAGGUGCUCGUUAUGAAUUAACGCAAUUUUGACGCACAGAAAACAAACAAACAAACAAACAAAAACAUGUACAGACACCCUUAUAUACACCGCAAGUACUGAAUCAGUGUUGGAUCGGCGUCCACGUGGACGAAACGCAGGUGUGUAUUCGACACCGCUCUCCAGGCUGUGUAUAGGAAUAAAUAUAGCUAUACAGUGGGAUCCAAAAGUUUUACAUAUUUGAAAAAGAAAAAAGAUUUCACUAUCUUGCAUAUUCAGUAUUGACCGCGUUAACUCCUUCGUACAAAAGGUCAGAUUUUCCUCUAAUCUAAUGCUGCACUCGACAACUUUUCAUAUUUCCGACGCCCCCUCGACUGGUCUCCUGGACUCCGAGUUCAGCGAGUGACGUCAAAUCAACAUCAGCAGCACUUUUUUUUUUUAUCUUUCAGUGGGUUUUGCUGCAUAUUCAAUCCAGAUACAGACGCAUUCGCUUGUUAAAUCUAUAACGCUGACUGUUUUGAGGAGGUAGCUAAAUAUACGCUAGUUAGCUAGAUUCUUGCUAACAAAAGAAGACACUGGAGGCAUCCAUGGGGUUUUUUUUUCCUCCCUACUUUGGAAAUUCCCAAAAUUCCCACUUCUGAGUCGGACUGAAUGAACGCAGUAUCACGCAGUCUUUCGUUCAGACGACCAUCGGGUUUUACAGAAACUUUUACGGAGUCCAUGCUAGCUCGAGCGUCGCUAAAAUCGACCAAAAAAGCAAGACUUAGCCAUUCAAAAGAUUUCACUUUUCACUGAUGCUGAAAGGUCUCGGUAUGUUGCAUUAGAAAAGAACGCAAACCAGAAGCAGACUUUUGGACCUCACUGUAUUCACCCAGUCUCAUCAUGUACAUAUCCAAAAUGAGAAACUGCAGUGGCAGAACAUGGAAAGGGGUCUCGUUGGAAAUCCUGUACUCGGCGUCUCUUCGAUCUGAGACACUCUGAGAACUUCUCCCCCAACACGCACGGACAGAGAGAAGUUCGAAGAAGUGAUUCUUCAUUUCAAAUGAUUCCAUCAGACACCCAAACCUCCCUCAGAGCUCCAGGAUUUUCUGCGCAGUUCCAUCACUAGUCCUGAUUUACAUCUUUGCACAUUAUUGACGCAUACAUGACACAAAAAAAAAGAAAAGAAAAAAAAAAAAAGAAUCCUGUUCUGUUGUUGUUGUUGUUUCACGUUUUCAUCCAAGUUAAAUUGGCACGCAUCAUGACUCGGAUCAUUCAUAUCCUUACGCACGAGAUGUUUAAGACGGAAUUCUGAGCAACAAUGCUGAAAGAUUUUAUCUAGAGAUGUUAUUGAAGAUGUACAUUGAGCUCUCCUUCUCUCCUCUCUCUUUCCUUCUUUCUUUCCUUUCUGCCUGAAACCUCGCGAUGUUGUCGAACAGCGGCUCUGUCAGACCGGAAGUCUCUUCUAAUUUAUGUAUGUAUGUAUAUAUAUUUAAUUUAUGCCUAAUUUAUGGAGGAAUGGAGGUUUUUGUACAUAGGAGCAGCUGGCUCGUCUGUCUGUGACUGUGUCCCUGUGCGUGGGUGAACGCUUGGUUUAUAGAUAGCAUCUAGUAUUUUAUAUUUUUAUUUCCUUUCCACCCCCCCACCCCCCUUGUUUUUGUUUGUUUGUUUGUUUGUUUGUUUUUUGUUCCAUAGGCAACUCGUUAUAUGGUGAAGGGUAGAUGGUUCUUUGUCCAGUGAUUUUCAUUUAUAUACCGAAAUAAGGAAUAAAUCACGUGUUUUAUUGUAA